UGGGGUUGACAACUGGCAUCGUGCGUGGAUUUGGACGGCUGAGUUGGCAUCUACCGUGGCUAAAACAAUAGAAGGAGGCCCCUGACUUCAUUCCACUUCUCCACUCAUUAUACGUUUUCUUCUACGCAGACCCGUCCUCAAACGGCGACUGGUCUUCCCUCAUUGCCUCACAAGAUAUGGACCUGCUCGCCUCCGUUCAGCAAAUGAUUCUGACUAAUGCAGCAGUCAUCGGCUGCUUGCCUUCCUCCUAAUGCAGCAGUCCGAUUGCCGCCACUGAUGCAGCAGCCGUUUGCCGCCACUAAUUUAGGCAGUAAUGUUAUCAAAUGUAUAAAGAAGGCUAUAACUCAAUUGGGACUGUGGGUCAAUUGGGACUGUGCCGGGGUGAUAUUGACUCUAAACGCAGGGGCCACAUUGAUGGGCCAAGUUGGAGAAAUGGAGCCAAAUAUUCCAUCUUUUGCGCUCAAUUCUUCAACUUCUUUAAAGAGGGAGCUAGAGAAACAGAUUUAAUAUCUGGUGGUUCAUUAAAAGUUAGUGGAGCAAUGGCAGUGAGCUCACUGAGGGGAUUUCGGGGACGCAUAUCCCCCUCCCCCUCCCCCUCUUUUUUAUCAAGUAUGGCACACCAACUGUUUGAUUGUUUGUUUGUCCAUAAUAUUGUCCUAUAGUUUAACUUCCAUUUUUUUGUGGUUUGGUUUUGCGUUUCAAGUGUGAACCUCUGAUUGCGAUUGGAAUGAGUUUUUGUUAAUAAACUCAUGAGAGCACCAUCGUUGGCCCAUUGCAUACACCCCCUCGCAUUGAUUUUCUCUCUCAGGUCUGAGUGUGUGAAUGGAUGUUUUUCAAAUGUAGGAGUCAUGCCAGGAAUUCUUGAGUCUUUUGGGAUAUUCACUACAGGAGAGUUCAGAGGUCUGUGACUUCAUCAUCGAUGCGGGAAUUGGCAAAUUGUGCGAUCACGACCCACCACUUUGGAUCAAUAUUUCAUGCCCCCGCAGAAGAGCUGAUCCUGUCCAUCAUAACUCGCAACCUUCCCAAUACCUGCCGCCCUACCGUAGUUCAAUUGCCAACACUACUGCUGUCCGGCCACUGCAAUUGAUUAUGAUUCAACUAUUAAGGGUUCACUUGAGUUUGCUAUGUGUUAUUGUGGGAGUAUGUGAUCCACUAAGGCUUUCAAGGUCUUGAACAAAAGCGCUAGCGUGAGCACAACACAAGGAGAUGAGAGAAUACAAUGUGAAGAUCUCUAACAGAUGAAGAAUAUUACUAAAGAAGACUCUUUGCACAUACUCCAUCAAAGCAAUGAGUUUUCUACAAGGAGUUCAAGGUACAAAGGAGUUAUAGUGCCCAAAUGUGGACGACAGGAGGCUAGAUUAGGGCAAUUCCUUGGGAAGAAAAGAAUGCCAUUCCCUCUCCUUCACCGAACUUUUGUAGAGCCGAUGGCUUUGAAUUUGCAUGUCGUUGAGAACCAGUUCCUAUAAUUGAUUGCAAGUGAUUGUGAGGCUGAAUCUUGGCAGUCACAAUUUGGAAUCUUAGCAGAGACGACAGAGACUCUACAGCUGCAGUUCCGACAGUAGCGAGAAGUGGCAAAUGAUGAAGCUACCCUAUCAGUCAUCGGAAUGAUGGAAUCUUGCAACCUUCAAACCCAUCUGCUUUAUUUUUACCCUAUCACCUAAUUGUGUUCACUGACUAGGCUGCUGAGAUGGAUUAAAUUUUGCUCACUCAGCUGCCACGUAACCGGAAGGGUGAGACGUCGGAGGCGGCGUGCUAUGGGCAGUUAAUGUUGUUUCUCUGUAACCCUAGAACCCACUGCAGAACAUUUUAUGCAGCACCUAGCAUCGGCCCUUCAAGUUCUUCGUGAAAACAACUUAAUACACCAGGACAUUAAACCACAGGAACUGAUUCAAAAGCACAUAGCAUGACUUUACAUUC